CCCGGGUAUUCGAUCAUGCGGUAGUCACUCGGCAGUGCAUUGCGCGCAAAAGAUCUGCCAAGAUCCACGGUUACGGAUGCCAUUUAGCUGGUUGUACGAUUUCAUCUUAUUGGUGCAGUGAUCCCGAAACGGUGCAUCUAUUGCGGACUCAGCUUUGAUCGAUUGAUAAACGAUGUGAAAGGGGAACGCGAAGUUCUUUUUCAGUUGAAGGGAAUUCAUCAAUACAGUGACGAUCUCUCUUAUUUGCAAAUGCAGAUGCCACAGCGGUGAAAGCCGCGGAAUGAACGAAUACGAGCUCUCCGUGAUCUUCCUCGCGUGCAGAGGAAGACUGCUCAAGAAUUCUUAAAGUGAGACGUAUUGUCAAAUCGAUCACGAUGUCUCUUGGGAAACGUAUAUCUGGAGCCGUCGCGGUUCUCAGGGGCGCUUCGGAAAUUAAAGAAGCGCAAACGUAGUGGACUGGUUAGGAGAGAAUACACUUUUGGUCUUUACAAUCGCGGGAGUACUCGUGGGUCUUAUUCUUGGAUUCCUUGGUCGAUUAGCCAAUCCUUCGCCGCAAUCCAUCACUCUCGUCAGCUUCCCUGGAGAGCUUCUUAUGCGAGUGUUGAAGAUGUUCAUUCUGCCACUCAUUGUUUCGUCGCUUAUCUCCGGAAUGGCGCAAUUAGAUCCUAAGGGCUCGGGAAGAAUGGGAUACAGGGCGUUGAUAUAUUACACCGUAACGACCAUACUUGCAGCCAUAGUUGGCAUCAUAAUGGUGCUUAUGAUCCAUCCCGGUGAUCCUAGGAUUAAGACUACUAUAACCGCGCCCAAGACGGAUUUCACAAAAAUAUCCACGCUAGACGCGAUCCUUGACAUAAUUAGAAACAUGCUGCCGGAAAAUUUGGUGCAGGCGUGCUUCCAACAGGCGCAAACCACUUACGUGACGAAGGAAGUGGUGGCCAUAGGGACGAAUGAAAUUAAUCAAGUCCAAGAGCCGACAUUGGUAUACAAGGAUGGGAUGAACGUAAUGGGCAUGAUAGUGUUCUGUAUUACGUUCGGUCUCCUUGCUGGACAGAUUGGUUCCCGAGGGAAAUUGAUGGUCGAUUUCUUCGUGGUUCUGAACGAAAUAAUCAUGAAGCUCGUCGGUAUUAUCGUGAUGUAUUCACCGUUCGGAAUCAUGUGUCUGAUAGCUGGUAAAAUAAUGUCGAUCAACAAUUUGGCAGCAACUGCUCAGAUGCUGGGCUUGUACAUGGUGACGGUUGUAUUGGGCUUGUUGAUUCACGCCAUAAUCACUCUGCCAACGAUAUUUUGGUUUUUAACUCGACAGAAUCCUGGUGUGUUUUUCAAGGGUAUGAUGCAAGCUUGGAUUACAGCCUUGGGAACAGCAUCAAGCGCUGCGACUUUGCCAAUAACUUUCCGAUGCCUCGAAGAAAACAAUAAAAUCGAUCCACGUGUAACGCGAUUCGUAGUAGCAGUCGGAGCUACCGUGAACAUGGAUGGAACGGCUCUUUAUGAGGCGGUUGCUGCGAUUUUCAUCGCUCAAAUGAAUGGAAUCUCAUUAGGGAUGGGUGAAGUUAUAACAGUCAGCCUUACAGCCACCUUGGCAAGUAUAGGAGCAGCAAGUAUUCCCAGUUCAGCUUUGAUUACAAUGUUAAUAGUACUCACAGCUUUAGGUCUACCGACAAAUGACGUUUCUCUACUGUUUGCAGUUGACUGGAUGUUGGAUCGAAUCAGGACUUCGAUCAACGUUUUGGGCGAUGGAUAUGGGGCUGGAAUAGUUUAUCAUUUGAGUAGAAAUGAACUGGAUAGAAUGGAUCAGGAAAGGAAAUUAGAGGGUCUCGAAAUGGGAACACCUCUCGAAGACAUUUCGGAAAGUUGUAAGCGCGAGAGCGUGCCUGUUCCCGAGGAAAGUUCCGAAACGAAAAUUUGAUUUUAAAGAAUGCUCAUGUUUCUUCUUCAACUUCUUUUGUACGAACGAUAUUGAGCGGAAUUGGUAGAAAUGAAACUUUAUCUUUCCACUGCCAACAAAGUUUUGGAAUUUCGAUCGAAUUUUUGGUAGAAUGUUUUAAAAUAUUGUUAAAUAUGACACCUACUGAAAUGGAAUGUAAUAAGAAUGUGAGCAUGUUAAGUACAAAGCGAUAUCAUUGUGAACUACUUGGGGUAUGCUGCAACAUUUUAAGUAUUGCUAAGGAUCGAUUGAAAAUUAUAUUGUACAGAUAAUUAAACAUAAGUUUUUUGUUCAAAAUGAAAUGUUUAAUACGAGAUCAUGUAUGUGUUAUAGUUUAUUCAUUUUAAUAGUCGAAUAAAGGAUUUUAUUUUAAUGAUACUUUGGAUGUUUAAAAGAAUUGUGUUCAAUAUAAUAAAUCAUUAUCAUAUUAGAUAAUAAUUCAUUCUUAAGAUUUUAUAAUAUUUUGUUUAUACUGUUUGUAUACCA